AUGAUGUAUGACAAGGACAACUGGGUACUGUAGGGAAGCAUUUAGCUACCAAAACCCUCACGUAAAUCAUUGUUUUUGUGUUUAAUAGACCUACAAUUUUCACUGAAAGUAUUUUGUUUCAGGCUAUAUCAGUAGAUAUGAAAACAGAUUUCUCCCAGCACACCAACCAAAGUAAACAACCAAAUCGUUAAUCCACAGUCAACCAACGACAAAACCAUCUGAUUUUAUCUAUAGUAGUUUGAAUAUAUUUGCCUAUGUGUCUAGCCCAUUUACAUGACUAGCACUGUACUACACUCUCUCCUUCUGCCUUCAGUGGAACAGUAGUAAUAGCAGGUCUCCCUCUGGGGCAGGGUGUGGUGGAGGUGCCCCACCCAGAGCACUCCCUCCCUGGGGUUAAAAUUACCCUGCUCUGCCUCUGUGGAUCCAGGACUGCAGGAGGAGUGGGUGGAGGUAAAGCUCAAACCACACGGUCUGCUAUGAAUCUGAGGGGGAAAUGACAUGGUAGAAUCUGAGCAGGUCCACUAGAUUAGUAGCUGCUGAGGAAAACGUGGCAACACCCAACGAUUUGGUUGGAGUCUGUGGUGUAAACUCAUAGGAGCUGUAGCUUUUCUGAGAGUUCGGAAAUAUAAACCCUUUGAGGGGUUUAAGGCCUAUUGCAGUAUGCAUGGUGUAUUGAUAUUGAACAGUGUUAUACUGGAUAGAUAGGAUACAAUUCAGAUAUUAGAAUGAGAUAGUCUUGUUGUGACCUAUUUGUUGAAAGACAAUUAUUAAUCUGUUCAAUAGUAAUAAUAAUGGAUUCGAUUUGUAUAACAGUGUAACAAUCAGUUAAAUUGCACACAUUAUCCUCCUCAUCAUAACCAAAAAUGUAUGAUUGAGAAACAUUGUAUCAUAGAGAGACAUAAUAAUAAUAAUAUAGCAGUAGUAAUCAACAUUGGAACGUAUCAACUACGUGCUCGUUACUGCUCCAUCGUCACAUGAUACAGUUGCUGCUGCGUGAUGACAUCACAGCUAGAGGCAGGUCAAGUUACUGUAGUUCUGUUUCUUCUUCCUUGUUCUUUCCCUUCUAUCAUCCACCGGCCCGGGCAACCCAAAGCAAAGGAGACAGGCAUAAUGUCCCAUCAAACGGGCAUACAAGGUAAAUACGCACAUUUUGCUUAUUGUAACCAGCUGUUGAAAUCACAACGGAAUAGACGAUGCGAUCGUCGCUCAUGACAGAUUUGAUUUAAAAGGAUUACAUCCAUAGAAAAAAAAAACCUGUUGUAUGUGUGUCGUUCUGCAUCAUCAGCGAGAAUAAGCAGUGCUUUCUGCUCUGUUGAGGUUGCUUCGGGCUUCACGGUGCACUGGGCGAAUGAGAAGAAUCUAUGACAAGUGUAUUCAGCGAUGCGUUGUACUAAUAUGGUCGUGCUGCUGCGAUUCAACUGACAUUGUUACGCCGCAUAAACACUAGCAGUUAGUCAUCAAGCUCUGUGCUGCUGCUGCAGCAGACUCUAUGAUCUGUAACGUUAGUUUCAAAGGUCUUUUACAAGGGAACAAGCCGCCCAUUCAUCACAUGCGUAAAUUAAUCUGGGUGACAUUCAUGGCCAAGAUUACUGCUGCCCUUUUGAUGUUUGUUGAGAUGAGAUAACCUUUGAUGCAACUGUGUCGAUGUUUAUGUAACAACUGGCUCUCUAGUAACAUUUGGGUCACCUAUUUUGGCCAGUAGGCUAUCAGAGCUAUCUUUAUUUAUCAUGGCACGGCGAAGGGUAAUACAAUUACAUUGAUUGGCCUGUAGAAGUCAGGCAUGCGUUUGGUUUUGCCCUUAUUCAUCUUGAAUACCUGACGUUAAUUCUCUGUCUCUAUACUAUAGUGAAUGACCAAGAGAGAUAAGCUGCCUAUGCUAAUCUUUUCUUAAAACCUUUUGAUAAACACACCAAUCCUUAUUUCAACUGACCAGUAUAUUCUACACUUGACUGUCAAGUAAUAGGCUAUUCCCCAUGCUUGUGUUCCCUGUCCCUUGUAUUCCCAGAAUUUCCCUGUUGUGUGAAUAGCCAACGUCUCUCUUGAGCCAAAGUGUGUAUAAAGAAGUGACCACUUGGUUUGCUUUGACUUCACAGCUGCGGAGGAAGUGAAAGACAUCUUUGCUAAGGCGAGGAACGGAGCCUAUCGCCUGCUGAAGGUCGUCAUUGAGAUGGGUGAGUAUGUAGUCUGCCUAGCCUACAGCUGAUCAACUCAAUCACACCUAUUGAUCAGAGAUGAGCCCUACCCAUCACUGUAUGCAACAUGAUCAAUAGGUAAAUAGAUUAGUUCAGUAGUUUGUUGAUUGGUUACAACUGGUUAUAUUUACUGUGAUGUUAAAGACAUGUACUGUGAUCUGAAAAGUAGACUGUAUUGUACUGUAUUGUACUGUAUUGUAUUGUACUGUACUGUACUGUAUUGUAUUGUAUUGUACUGUACUGUAUUGUACUGUACUGAAUUGUACUUUUAUUGUACUGUAUUGUAUUGGUUAUUACACUUCAUGUCAUUUGUAUGAUAUUUGUUGGGUAGUUGCUUUUACUGCACUGCAACCUCAGAUACUGUAUAUCUUACCUGAAAAGCCAGAACAUAACUUUAUGUCAGUUGAUGUUUACCUGUUCCCAUAGUUAAAUAUUGUAUAUCACUGUAAUACAUCCAUCAUAUCCCUCCUUGUUAUUAUUCCAGAGACUCUGGUGCUGGGAGGCACCAAGCAUGCGUCUAAGAAGUGGGACCAGGAGUAUGACGCCUAUGUGCUGCCUCUCCUACAGGAUGACAUGCCCUCCUACCUCCUGUACAGGCUGGACUCUACUAACAACCAGGGAUAUGAGUGGAUCUUCCUGGCCUGGUCACCUGACCGCUCACCUGUAUGUUGAUUUGUUUAUCUGUUUCUUUCAUUCUUUCUUUAUUAAUCAAUAUGUUGGUUGGGAGGAAAUUCUUCUUGUUCUUGUUCUUGUUCUUGUUCUUCCUGGUCAAGACUACCUCUGGAAUGCCAUAGACAUGACAGUUUUUACUUCACUAUAGCAACUGUUUCACCUUGUAAACACAACUGUCAUGGUGUCAGUUAGGGCAUUUAAAAGUCUCCCGAGUGGCGCAGCGGUCUAAGGCACUGUAUCGCAGUGCUUGAGGUGUCACUACAGACCCGGGCUCGAUCCCAGGCUGUGUCACAACCGGCCGUGACCGGGAGUCCCAUAGGGCGACGCGUUAGGGGAGGGUUUGGCCGGGGGGGCUUUACUUGGCUCAUCGCAAUCUAGCGACUCCUUGUGGCGGGCCGGUCGCCUGCAGGCUGACUUCGGUCGUCAGUUGAACGGUGUGCCCUCCGACACAUUGGUGCAGCUGGCUUCCUGGUUAAGCGGGCGGGUGUUAAGAAGCACGGUUUGGCGGGUCAUGUUUCGGAGGACGCUCCCGAACCCGUUGGGGAGUUGCAGCGAUGAGACAAAAUCGUAAUUUAAUAUCAUGAAAUUUGGGAGAAUAAAAGGGAUUUUUAAAAAAGAUAGGAAAGAAAGUACCUCUGUUUAUUCCAUAGUCCCUCUGUGUAAUAGCACUCUAAUAAGCCAGAAUGUUGUAUACAAUAAUACCCUAUUUAGAGAACUACCAACCCACAGUCUAGUCCACACUACAGGUAAAGCCCAACAGGGAGAAUGUAACAGACCACACACAGUGCUGCUUUCAAACACACAUCUGGUCUGUGGUUGGCUAACUAUAGAUUGAGAACCCUUACCGCUGGGUGAGAGAACACUUUACUUUAAGGGUUUUUAGAUGUGUUUGUUUAUGCUUAGCUUAGGCCCACACUUUGAAGAGACUGUUGAGCAAAAAAGCUAGCUUAUUGUUGUGCUAAACAAGCAUAUUUGCAAUUUUAAUGUUGGCUAGCAAGAAGCAUGAAACCUGGCUUCCAUCCUAAACCUCAAUGAAACAGCGAAAAUGGUAGAUGUUUCUGAGAUGUCUGUAUGAAAUAACAUUCAGUUCUGGUUUAGAUUGCAGUCUACAGUCAUAUUUAUCAGUUAGUGCAGUACUAAAUCGUGAAUUUCUCCCACUUCUAUAGGUUAGACAGAAGAUGUUAUAUGCUGCUACAAGAGCUACACUGAAGAAGGAGUUUGGGGGUGGGCACAUUAAAGAUGAAAUAUUUGGCACAGUGGAGGUAUGUUGAAGAAUCUAAAGAAACUCCUCAUUAUUUUAUGGUUUACAGUCCUAAGUGGGCUUUCCAAACCAGGGCCUGUAUACAAAACGGAUCCUAUAUAAGCACUCAUACUCUAAAUACGGACCCUGAGCUCCAGUCCACCCCUCUCACGGUCCUGUCUCUCCCCAGGAUGAUGUGUCUCUGAGCGGGUACAGGAAGUACCUGAUAGCACAGGCUGCUCCACAACCACUGACCGCUGCUGAGGAGGAGCUGAGGCAGAUCAAACUGAGUGAGGUAGAGAGACACACACACACACACACACACACACACAGACGUACACACACACACACACAUACACUCUUAGGAAAAAAAGGGUGCUAUCUAGAACCUAAAAGGGUUCUUCAGCUGUCCCCAUAGGAGAACACUUGAAUAACCAUUUUUGGUUCCAGGUAAAACCCUUUUGGGUUCAAUGUGGUCCUCUGUAGCUCAAUUGGUAGAGCAUGGCGCUUGUAACGCCAGGGUAGUGGGUUUGAUCCCCGGGACCACCCAUACGUAAAAAUGUAUGCACACAUGACUGUAAGUCGCUUUGGAUAAAAGCGUCUGCUAAAUGGCAUAUUAUUAUUAUUAUAAUGACAAACCCUUUCCAAAGAGAGUUCUGCGUGGAACCCAAAAGGGUUCUACCUGAAACCAAAAAGGGUUCUCCUAUGAGGACAGCCGAAGAACCGUUUUGGAACCCUUUCUUCUAAGAGUGUACACACACACUAACACAUUCAUUUACACAACAAAGGACUUUGCCGCUGACAUGUCAAAUCUAUUAGCCUUCAGUGGAGAGGCAGAGAGCAAUUUACAGAAGGCAAUCAAAAACAGAUCAAUGAAGUGGAUAGAUCUUUGCACACUACACUAAACAGCCCAACCUCUGCCCCAGAUUCCCUUGGUUUCAUGCAUUCAUAAUAAUACUAUGAAGCAUUUUUCUAUUUACAUCGGUGUGAUGAUGUCACACACACAAACGUUUUGUUCUUCCUCGUGGGGGGCCAACAAUUCAAAAUCCUAUCUUCCCUAACCCUAAACCUUAACCCUAACCUUAACCCAUAAACCUCCGAAACCUAACCACUAACCUUAAAAUAGCCUUUGUCCUCAUGGGGAUGUGGGAAAUGUCCCCACGAGGGAGAAUUUUCCUUGUUUUACUAUCCUUGUGCGUACUUUUGGGGAUUUUAGGUCCCCACAUGGAUAGAAGAACCAACCCCCCCCCAUACACACACACACACACACAGACACACACUCUCCCUGAGAGAUGGAAAAAGGUUGAUAUGGGUUGUCCCUGGGUGCUGGGGGAGACUAGAACAGAUACUGCUCCAAAUGUUUAAACCCCUUAACUCCUCUCUACCAGUCCAUUUGAUUUAUUUCUUAAUCUCUCUGUACCCAUCGGAUUUCAGACUUCAUACUAAAAGGUUUAUCGUUCCCAAGUAAACAUUCACACUUUAAAGCAUAGUAAAAGGUUUAUCGUUCCCAAGUAAACAUUCACACUUUAAAGCAUAGUAAAAGGUUUAUCGUUCCCAAGUAAACAUUCACACUGAAAAGCAUAGUAAAAGGUUUAUCGUUCCCAAGUAAACAUUCACACUGUAAAGCAUAGUAAAAGGUUUAUCGUUCUCAAGUAAACAUUCACACUGUAAAGCAUAGUAAAAUGUUUAUCGUUCCCAAGUAAACAUUCACACUGAAAAGCAUAGUAAAAAUAGUAUGUGAAUUUACGUCACCAUAAACAAACACACUCUUAGAAAACAAGGUGCUAUCUAGAACGUAAAAGGGUUAUUCUGCUGUCCCUAUAGGAGAACCCUUUGAAGAAACCUUUUUGGUUCCAGGUAGAACCCUUUUGAUUCCAGGUAUAACUCUUUUGGGUUCUAUGUAAAACCCUUUCCACAUAGGGUUCUACCUGGAACCAAAAAGGGUUCUCCUGUGGGGACAGCCGAAGAACCCUUUUGGAACCCUUUUUCUCUAAGGGUGUAGCGACCUAUAUCAAUAGAGUGUAGCUACCUAUAUCAAUAGAGUGUAGCUACCUAUAUCAAUAGAGUGUAGGUCCCUAUAUCAAUAGAGUGUAGGUCCCUAUAUCAAUAGAGUGUAGGUCCCUAUAUCAAUAGAGUGUAGGUCCCUAUAUCAAUAGAGUGUAGGUCCCUAUAUCAAUAGAGUGUAGGUCCCUAUAUCAAUAGAGUGUAGGUCCCUAUAUCAAUAGAGUGUAGCUACCUAUAUCAAUAGAGUGUAGGUCCCUAUAUCAAUAGAGUGUAGGUCCCUAUAUCAAUAGAGUGUAGCUACCUAUAUCAAUAGAGUGUUGCGACCUAUAUCAAUAGAGUGUAGCGAUCUAUAUCAAUAGAGUGUAGCGACCUAUAUCAAUAGAGUGUAGCGAUCUAUAUCAAUAGAGUGUAGCUAGCUAUAUCAAUAGAGUGUAGUGACCUAUAUCAAUAGAGUGUAGCUCCCUAUAUCAAUAGAGUAUAGCGAACUAUAUCAAUAGAGUGUAGGUCCCUAUAUCAAUAGAGUGUAGCGACCUAUAUCAAUAGAGUGUAGGUCCCUAUAUCAAUAGAGUGUAGGUCCCUAUAUCAAUAGAGUGUAGGUCCCUAUAUCAAUAGAGUGUAGCUACCUAUAUCAAUAGAGUGUAGGUCCCUAUAUCAAUAGAGUGUAGGUCCCUAUAUCAAUAGAGUGUAGCUACCUAUAUCAAUAGAGUGUUACGACCUAUAUCAAUAGAGUGUAGCGAUCUAUAUCAAUAGAGUGUAGCGACCUAUAUCAAUAGAGUGUAGCGACCUAUAUCAAUAAAGUGUAGCGAUCUAUAUCAAUAGAGUGUAGCUAGCUAUAUCAAUAGAGUGUAGUGACCUAUAUCAAUAGAGUGUAGCUCCCUAUAUCAAUAGAGUAUAGCGAACUAUAUCAAUAGAGUGUAGGUCCCUAUAUCAAUAGAGUGUAGGUACCUAUAUCAAUAGAGUGUAGCUAGCUAUAUCAAUAGAGUGUAGCUAGCUAUAUCAAUAGAGUGUAGCUAGCUAUAUCAAUAGAGUGUAGUGACCUAUAUCAAUAGAGUGUAGCUCCCUAUAUCAAUAGAGUAUAGCGAACUAUAUCAAUAGAGUGUAGGUCCCUAUAUCAAUAGAGUGUAGGUCCCUAUAUCAAUAGAGUGUAGCGACCUAUAUCAAUAGAGUGUAGCGACCUAUAUCAAUAGAGUGUAGCGAUCUAUAUCAAUAGAGUGUAGGUCCCUAUAUCAAUAGAGUGUAGCUACCUAUAUCAAUAGAGUAUAGCGACCUAUAUCAAUAGAGUGUAGGUCCCUAUAUCAAUAGAGUGUAGCGACCUAUAUCAAUAGAGUGUAGCGACCUAUAUCAAUAGAGUGUAGCGAUCUAUAUCAAUAGAGUGUAGGUCCCUAUAUCAAUAGAGUGUAGCUACCUAUAUCAAUAGAGUGUAGCGACCUAUAUCAAUAGCGUGUAGCUACCUAUAUCAAUAGAGUGUAGCGAUCUAUAUCAAUAGAGUGUAGGUCCCUAUAUCAAUAGAAUGUAGGUCCCUAUAUCAAUAGAGUGUAGCGACCUAUAUCAAUAGAGUGUAGCGACCUAUAUCAAUAGAGUGUAGCUACCUAUAUCAAUAGAGUGUAGGUCCCUAUAUCAAUAGAGUGUAGCUACCUAUAUCAAUAGAGUGUAGGUCCCUAUAUCAAUAGAGUGUAGAUAUAUAUAUCAAUAGAGUGUAGCGACCUAUAUCAAUAGAGUGUAGCGACCUACAGUAUAUAAAUAGACCCAUAUCUGUAGAGUAUAUUGUUUAUUGUGUAUACACCCAUCAUGGCCUGACUCCAUAAAAGGACAGGGUCAUUCUUCAGCUGCCCUAUAGGCCUAUUUCAUAGAGCCACCCUCACAAAUACAGUAGUCUACAACCAACUGGGAAGCUGGGUUUAUAUUGAGACCCCCGACCCCCUUCCCAAUCACCAGCUGUAUGGGCAAGAUGAUUAUCCACUAAUCUACAUGCGAGGAAAGAGGCUUUCAGAUAUUUAUUAUUCAUUUGCUGAGAGACACGCUGCUUGUAAUAAGUAGAUGGAUGAAAAAACAGCAGCCCAUUCCUUUAGGUACAAGAGAUAAACAGGUCAGUGGCAAUCUCAUUCAGUCAAGCCUAACAUCGCGUAUGACUGUUAUGAGGGCUGUACAAACGCAUGAAAGGGCAUUACUGACCUAUUACACAGUGAUGUUAUUCAAUUAUUAUUAUUGGAUAUUAUUAUUAUUAUUGGAUAUUACUAUUAUUAUAUUGUUAUUGGAUAUUAUUAUCAUUAUAUUAUUAUUUAAUAUUAUUCAGAACAGUUUAUUUAUCUCACAUCAUAUUGAGAUCAUUCUGUAAAUGUUGUUAUUUUAGUUCCAUGUAUGGCUUGAAAUGUUACCACACGUUAAAUGUAUUUUCUUUGUGCCUUUCAAGAAUGUAUCUUUCUGUUUAUCUUUUGCAAAUUAUUGGUGACACAAAUGCAAAAUUGGGGUAAGGACAGACUUCCUGUUGUGUUAGUGUUCAGAGUCUAGACUAGCCUGGUCCUUUCUCAAACCACAGCCUGGUGACCAAUGUUGUGGUUGUCGUAGAGUGUGUGUGACACCUAGUGACUGUUUUUGUGGUUUUUAUAGUUUCAGACCAUUAGUCUGGGCCUAGGCCCUUCUCAGAAAACCCCUGGUGAUUUAGUUAAAAUAACAUCUAGUGACCGUGUCCGUCCGGCCGUCCAGGUACAGACAGACAUCAGUGUGGACACUAAGCAGCAGACGCUGACGGGCGUGGCCUUCCCUAUGCAACGAGACGCCAUCCAGGCUCUGGAACAGUUUAGAGAGAAGAGGAUCAACUACGUACAGCUGGUGAGUGUCCUAUACCAUAGUAUAGUAUAAUAUAGUAUAGUACAUCAUAGUAUAGUAUAGAAUAGAAUAAUAUAGUAUAGUACAUCAUUGUAUAGCAUAGAAUAUAUUAAUAUAGUAUAGUACAUCAUAGUAUAGAAUAAUAUAGUGUAGAAUAAUGUAGUAUAGUACAUCAUAGUAUAGAAUAAUAUAGUGUAGUACAUCAUAGUAUAGUAUAAUAUAGUAUAGUACAUCAUAGUAUAGCAUAUAAUAAUAUAGUAUAGUACAUCAUAGUAUAGAAUAUUAUAGUAUAGUAUAUCAUAGUAUAGAAUAAUAUAGUAUAAUACAUCAUAGUAUAGAAUAUAAUAAUAUAGUAUAGUACAUCAUAGUAUAGAAUAAUAUAGUGUAUGACAUUAUAGUAUAGUACAUCAUAAUAUAGUAUAUACUAAUAUAGUAUAAUACAUCAUAGUAUAGAAUAAUAUAGUAUAAUACAUCAUAGUAUAGAAUAAUAUAGUAUAGUAUAUCAUAGUAUAUAAUAGUAUAGUAUAGUAUAGAACAUGAUAUUAUAUAAUAGUAUAGUAUAUACUAGUAUAAUAUAUAAUAAUAUAGUAUAGUACAUCAUAGUAUAUAAUAAUAUAGUAUAGUACAUCAUAGUAUAUAAUAAUAUAGUAUAGUAUAUACUAGUAUAGUAUAAUAUAUAAUAGUAUAUAAUAAUAUAGUAUAUAGUAUAGAAUAAUAUAGUAUAGUAUAUACUAGUAUAUAAUAAUGUAGUAUAUAAUAAUAUAGUAUAAUAUAGUGUAGAGUAAUAUAGCAUAGUAUAGAAUAAUAGGGUAUAGAAUAAUAUAGCAUAGUAUGAUAUAGUAUAGAAUAAUAUAGUAUAGUAUAUAAUUAUAUAGUAUAAAAUAAUAUGGCAUAGUAUUGUAUAGUAGAGAGACGCCACAAGUCUCUGGAACAGCUCAGAGAGAAUAGGACCAAUGAGUACAGCAGGUGAGUGUCAGUACUGUCUGGCAGUCUCACCUCCUUAUUAGCGCACAGAGACAGACAAUAACUGGGAUGUGUUGUUUCAUUACCAGUAGGUGUGUCUGACUAGCUUGUUUUCUGUAUUCAACAAUGCCAUAUAAUUGCCAGAGAAAGACUACAAUGCAAUGGCUUAAACACAAACUAACUUGCACCAUGUUACAUGAAACAUUAUACGUUGUAUUGGAUGGUUUACAAUAGAAAGCUUAUUGAGGAUUGUUUAUGACAAAAUGCAUCACUGUCAUCAUCAUCAUCAUCAUCUGUAUCAACAGGAGAUAGAUUUUAGGAAUGAGUCUAUCAAGCUGUCCAGCACCACUCCUACAGAACUGAAGGAACUGCCCAAGAGGAUCCCCAAGGAUGCAGCCCGAUACCACUUCUUCCUGUACAAGCAUUCCCACGAGGGAGACUACCUCGAGUCUACAGGUAAAGCAACACAUUAAAAGAUAACGAGAAUAUUUUGUAUUACGUUGAUAUUAUACCUCACAAUUAUUUAUGCUUGAUCUAUUCCUAUUCAUAAUCGAUUACGUUAUUAAAAUGUAAUAACAGUGUGAUAAGGUGGUAUUUAAAGUGGUUUCCAAUGUGUGUUGCAGUGUUCAUCUACUCCAUGCCGGGGUAUAAAUGUAGCAUCAGAGAGAGGAUGCUCUACUCCAGCUGUAAGAACCCUCUCAUCGAUACUGUGGAGAGCAACCUGCGCAUCCACAUAGCCAAAAAGGUAAGAGCUGGGUCAUGUUCAUUAUAUCACACUGUAGCUAAAUAUUUUGCAACAGAACAUUUAAACAUGCACUUCGUAUUAUAUUCAUAUAUGGUCAGAUAGUCCCUCCAUUUCAGUCUGUUUUCUUCCAUUUGGAACCUGAUCUCUCGUGGACAGACUGCAUAAACAUAAGCAUCUGACCAAAAAUAUGUGAGAUUUUAGUUCUGGGUUAACCCAGAUUAUUUGGUAACUAAUGAAUAAAACUCAGGUUCACUGCAGUGUGUCACAUGAGAGGAUGACUUUCAACAGUUUAAAACACUCCUGGGAAAAUACUGUAACAUUAUGCCAAUGUAGACUGGAUUUUGCUGCAAUGUAUUUUUUAUAGAAUAAGUCUAGUGUGCACCUCAGUGAUAUGAUUUAUUGUAUUCUUAUUAGUGUAAGUAUCCCUACUAACUGAUUGAUUCUGAUUCCCUCCCCUAGCUGGAGAUUGAUAACGGUGAUGAGCUCACAGCAGAAUUCAUGUACGAAGAGGUCCACCCUAAGCAGCACGCACACAAGCAGGCCUUCCCCAAACCCAAGGGCCCCGCGGGGAAGAAAGGGGGGCGCCGGAUCACUAGACCACCAGGGGAUGGGGAAGAAGACUAAUAAAACACCCCUCCAUUUUAGUCCACAAUGGAACAUUCCACUUAGAAUAUAACACUUUAUCUGGGUACGUCCAAAAUGGCACCCUAUU